AUGGAUCAAAUUUUAUGUCAGGAUUGUUUCAACAAGAUCUUUAUCAGCUCGGUGAAAAAUAUGAUGCGGACUUACUGUCUCGUAAACGAGAAGGAAUGGGAUGAAGGAGUUAAUUUAUUAUUAUUUGCUGUCCGAACACCAGCUUAUGAUACAGUGCGACCCCUUGCAUACAAAGAUGCAUCAGUUUUCCUUCUGUGUUUUUCUAUUGGUGAUCCAGGAUCUCUGAGUAAUACCACUUCCAGAUGGAACCCAGAAAUUCGCUAUCACUGUGCUGAGGUACCCGUGAUACUUUGCGGUUGCCAGAGUGACUUACGGAGUGAUAUGGGCAUUGCUUCAGCUUUAGCAAAGGAUAAACAGCAUCCAGUCACUUCAGAGCAGGCUUUGGUAGUGUCCCGACAAGUUGGAGCUGCUACAUAUGUUGAAACAUCUUCAAAGCAAACUGGUAGAAGUUCACAAGAUGCCUUCGAGGUGGCAGCACUGGCAGCCUUAGGGAAACUUAAUAAAACUCAUUCGACCAACCCUCGUCCGUCUGCGAACUAUAAGUCUAAAAUAGAUAUAAAAGAAGAAUUUCAUGACCGGGGUAAAAACUGUGUAGCUAUGUAAGUCAAAGAAAAUAUAUAUUAACUGUGUCGAAAUUUCAAGAAAAUCCGUAAGCUGUGUGGCAAUCUAAUAAAAAAAAUAAGGCAUCAAUCUGUGAAUGGUUUGUGAUUUGACCAGAAGCGAACCUUAUACAAAACAGGGCAAACGUUUUUUGCAUAGUUGACUUUCAAAUAUAAAAGAUAAAAAGGUUUCUUAGCCUCUAAACACGUUUAAAUUCAAAGAGAAGACUGAAAAUAAACUGAUUUUAAUAUUGUAAAUAUAUUUUAAUUCAAUUUCUUAUCCGGUGGGUCAACGGUAAAUUUACAGGCUUACAAUGUAGAAAUCCUGGGUUCGAUACCAUGCUGUGGACAGAGUGCAAAUAACUCGUUGUGUAACUUUGCACUAAGAAAAAAUAAAGAACAAUCCUUGGAAUUCUCAUUAUACGCAUUUGCAUCACAUACAUUGUGAUAGUGGAAAAAAUUAUAAUUUCACUUGAUGUUUGUCAAACGUCAUAUGAAUAUAUUUUUGACAGGCAUGUAUUCUAUUAUUAUGUUUUUUCUAGGAUUUACAAAGAAUAUCUAACUGAUUUGUACUUCUUGGAAAAGAGUUACGAGUUAUUUUGACUGUUAUUCUGUAUGGAACUGAAGUUCAAAAUCUCGUGUAUCACCAUUACAACUUGAUAUAUUUAGUUUAUAUAAAAGCUAUCUCUGCCCUCUGUACAACAGAAUUUAAAACGAUCGACAACUUUAUGCGUAUAGUUUUGUUGAUGUUCCUCUUUAUUUGAGCAGAUUGUUAAUCUUAUAUACAUACAUACAUAUAUAUGUGACACACACGCGUGUUUCGAUUCUAUUGAACCUGGAUGUUUGUUUUACAAACACGCUUUCUGUUGUUGUUUUUUAUUUAAGUAUGAGCUCGUUUUGGAAAACUGUAAAUAUUUUGGGGUUCUUAUAAUUGCAAAUUGCUUUCUGGUUGUUAUAGAACACACCUUGUUUUAGUUUUAAUAUUCGUCUAACAAAAGACAUCAUGAAUUGAUUAA